CGCCCCCCCGGCAGCCCAUGCCCGGCAACGCCGAGCUGGAGGAGCGAUUCGGCCGCGUCCUGAAUUCCAUGAACCUGCCCCCGGACAAGAUGAAGCUGCUCAACCAGUACGACAACGAGAAGAAGUGGGAGCUGAUCUGUGACCAGGAGCGUUUCCAGGUGAAGAACCCCCCGUCUGCCUACAUCCAGAAGCUGAAGAGCUACUUGGACACGGGUGGGGUCAGCAGGAAGUUCAAGAGGAGGGUGCAGGAGUCCACGCAGGUGCUGCGGGAGCUGGAGAUCUCCCUGAGGACCAACUACAUCGGCUGGGUCCAGGAGUUCCUCAACGAGGAGAACAAGGGGCUGGACGUGCUGCUGGAGUACCUCGCCUUCGCCCAGUGCUCCGUCGCGUACGACAUGGAGAGCUCAGAGAACAGCCCUGGCUCUGACAAGGGCAAGGAGAGGUCUCUGGAGGACCUGAACAGGAGCAGCUCCUCGUCCCCCACGCAGGGCUCCUCCAAGCCGCGGCCCCUCACUGUAAGCUGCUGCCUCUCGAACCAGCACCUGCACACCCUCCUCCUCCGCCACGUCCACCCGUGCGGUGCCCCGGGCAGCGAUGGGGACAGUGCCCCCAGGUCACCCGGCAGCUCCGGCCCGCCCCGGCUGAACCCCUCGCACAGCAGGAAGACGCUGCGCAACUCGCGGCUCGUCAGCCAGAAGGACGAUGUCCAUGUGUGCAUCAUGUGCCUCCGCGCCAUCAUGAACUACCAGUCUGGCUUCAGCCUGGUGAUGAACCACCCGGCCUGCGUCAACGAGAUCACCCUGAGCCUCAACAACAAGAGCGCCAGGACCAAAGCUCUGGUGCUGGAGCUGCUGGCCGCUGUCUGCCUGGUCCGAGGGGGACACGACAUCAUCCUGGCUGCCUUUGACAACUUCAAGGAGGUCUGCGGGGAGAAGAAUCGCUUCGAGAAGCUGAUGGAGUAUUUCAGAAAUGAGGACUGCAACAUUGACUUCAUGGUGGCCUGCAUGCAGUUCAUCAACAUCGUGGUGCACUCGGUGGAGAACAUGAACUUCCGAGUGUUCCUGCAGUACGAGUUCACCCACCUGGGGCUGGACCAGUACCUGGAGACCCUGCGCCUCACCGAGAGCGACAAGCUGCAGGUGCAGAUCCAAGCCUACCUGGACAACGUCUUCGACGUGGGGGCCAUGCUGGAGGACUCGGAGACCAAGACGGCGGUGCUGGAGCACAUGGAGGAGCUGCAGGAGCACGUCAGCCAGCUGACAGAGAAGCUGCAGGAUGCGGAGAACGACUCCAUGGCCAAGAUAGCGGAGCUGGAGAAGCAGCUGAGCCAGGCGCGGCGGGAGCUGGAGGCGCUGCGGGAGCAGCUGAGCCCGCCGCGGCCGCCCAGCCCGCCGUGCCCGCAGCCGCAGGAGUGCUACCGGCUGGCGCUGGAGCGGCGGCUGGCGGAGCUCGAGGAGAAGGGGCUGGUGCAGAUCCUGCGUGGGCCCGACGGAGACGUCGCCAUCGAGAUUGUCCCCGUUGUCAUAGAAACCCCCGCAACGCCCGUGGUUUCCGGGGACAGCACCGCCACCACCCCAGAUGCUCCGGCUCCGGCUCCGGCCCCACCGCCCCCACCCCCCCCGCCUCCCCCACCCCUACCGGGGGCUGAUCCCAUCCCCCCCCCACCCCCCGCCCCCCCCCUGCCCGCGGGCACCCCCACACCCCCCCCAGCCCCCCCCCUGCCCGGUGCCCCGGUGCCACCGCCCCCCCCACCGCUCCCGGGGGCACCGGAGGGCCCCGUGCCCCCCCCUCCGCCACCCCCUCCCCUCGGUGGGGAACCCCCAGCCGGGCCAGGAGCCCCCUCCAGCACCAAUGGUUCAGUGAAGCUGAAGAAGCCGAUCCAGACCAAGUUCCGCAUGCCCGUCUUCAACUGGGUGGCGCUGAAGCCGAGCCAGAUCGACGGCACCGUGUUCACGGAGCUCAACGAUGAGAAAGUGCUGCAGGAGCUGGACAUGAGUGACUUUGAGGAGCAGUUCAAGACCAAGGCUCAGGGCCCUGCCCUGGACAUCAGUGCCCUCAAGGCCAAGGCCACGCAGAAGGCGCCCAGCAAGGUGACCCUGAUGGAGUCCAACCGCGCCAAGAACUUGGCCAUCACCCUGCGCAAGGGCGGCCGCAGCGUCCAGGACAUCUGCACGGCCAUCGAGACGUACGACCAGCAAGCCCUGAGCCUCGACUUCCUGGAGCUGCUGCUGCGCUUCCUGCCCACCGAGUACGAGCGCAGCCUCAUCGGGAAGUUCGAGCGGGAGCAGCAGCGGCCGGAGGAGCUGUCGGAUGAGGAUCAGUUCAUGGUGCGCUUCAGCAAGAUCCCGCGGCUGGCCGAGCGCAUGAACGUCAUGAUCUUCCUGGGCAGCUUCGGGGACACGGCCCAGCUGCUGAUGCCGCAACUCAACGCCAUCAUCGCCGCCUCCAUGUCCCUCAAGUCCUCCAGCAAACUGCGGCACAUCCUCGAGAUCGUCCUGGCCUUCGGGAAUUACAUGAACAGCAGCAAGAGAGGGGCUGCCUACGGAUUCCGACUGCAGAGCCUCGACGCGCUGCUCGAGAUGAAGUCCACAGACCGCAAGCAGACGCUGCUGCACUACCUGGUGCGGGUGAUCAUGGAGAAGUACCCGGAGCUCACCGGCUUCCACACCGAGCUGCACUUCCUCGACAAGGCGGGCACAGUGUCCCUGGACGGGGUCCUGCAGGACGUGCGGAGCCUGCAGCAGGGCAUGGAGCUGACCCGCAGGGAGUUCAUGCGGCAGGACGACAGCCCCGUGCUCAAGGACUUCCUCAAGGUCAACUCCGAGGUGAUGGAGAAGCUGCAGGCUGACAGCAAAACCGCCAAGGAAGCCUAUGAGUCAGCUGUGGAAUAUUUUGGGGAGAACCCCAAGACCAGUCCCCCCACCACUUUCUUCCCCAUGUUCAUGCGCUUCAUCAAAGCCUACAAGAAAGCAGAGCAGGACAUUGAGCUGUGGAAGAAGCAGGAGGCUGCAGCCAAGGAGGCAGAAUCCGGCUCCCCUGGCAGCGAGCAGCAGCCCGAGCUGCCUGUCCAGAAGGCCAGGAGGCAGCAGAUGGACAUGAUAGCUGAGCUGAAGAAGCGGCAGAUGGUGAAGGAGCCGCUCAUCUACGAAGGCAAAGAUGGGGCCAUCGAGGAUAUAAUUUCAGAUCUGCGGAACAACCCGUACCGGCGGGGGGACAAGGCCCGCGGCAGCGCCAAGAAGCGGGCGGCGGGGCAGAGCCUGCAGGCGACGCCGGACAUGGCGCUGUGACCGGCGCCGUCCCUGCAGCGGCAGCGCCGGGCCAGCACCGUCCUCCCGACACGGGUGGCACCGCAGGGUGUCGGUCCCUGUGCCCGGGGCUCGGCGGGAUGGACAGACAGUGCCCGCUCCGAGCUGCUCCAGCCGCUUGAUGUGCCAGCUCUGCUGGGCACAGCACCCCCGGCGCUUGCUUGGCCGCGUCCCUGAGCUCCUCUCCGCAGCCUGGCGGGUCGUCCUGGCUACAGGGAAGCACAAAAAGGGCUCCAGCUUGUCCUGGAAGGAAAAGAGAGGCUGUCCCAUCCCUACCCCGGCCCUGUGUCCUUGUCCCACCCUGAAGAAGGGGAGGGGGUGUCAGCUAGGAACACAGCGCUCCCCGCACAUCUCAUCUCACAUCUCAUCUCACAUCUCACAUCUCACAUCUCACAUCUCAUCUCUCAUCUCAUCCUCCCCGGCCCGCAGAGCCCCCCAGAACCGCGUUCCCAGCCCGGGCACCCCCCAGAGCCAGGGGCUGGCAGCGGUGCUAUUGUACAGCAUUUUAUAAAGUCUUCCUUCGAAUUUCUCCGCGCUGCGGCAGAGGGGAUUGGGACACCCCCACGCAGGGCGGCCCCAGGGCUGUGGCGAGCAGCGCUGAGGAGGCUCCGGAGCUGCGACAAUCAGCAGCAGGGACAAAUUUCCCUGCGAGGUGGUGGCAUCUCCAUCCACCUGCAUCCCCAUCAUCCUUUGGGAUGAAUCGGGACUGUCAGCUUUGUGGGGCUCCCCGUUUUCUCGGUGGGACUCUCAGGAGCUGCUGCAGCCCCAAUCCCUGCUGCCGCCUGCAGAAGCGGCCCCGGAGCCGCACGAACCUCUCGGUACCGGCCCGGACCCGGCUCUCCCUCCCUGCCCUGCCCCGCUGCUGCUCAAUAACCCCGCGAUGCCGUAGUUAAACCUCUGCUGGUGCGUUCACCCCGCUCCUCCCUCCUCCUGGCCCGUCCUUCCUCGCUUCAGCCACAGCAGCCGCUGCUUCCUGCUGUAUUUAAGCUGCUUCAGCGCCGGCUCCGUGUCCGGGGAGGGAUGGGAAAUGAAUGUGUAACUUAUAAAUGCCUUUAAGCCAGAAAUGUAAACCAUUAACUGCUCAUUUGUAUACAUUAUUUUUAUAUACUGAAGGCCUGUUUAAUCUAAAGCAGAACUGGAAUAAAAACGUCUCAGAGUUGA